AUGCGGCUGCGCUACAUUAAAUUUCAAUUUCAUGUUCAUUUAUCGGAGGAGACGAAGGGGGAGGAGGAGCUGAGCGGGGAGGCAGCUCUUCGCUGGGCACGGAAGUCACAAUGUCAGUGGCUGAACUUAGCCAAGGCCGCAGCUAGGCAAAAACUUAUGGGCCAAUUCUACUCCUAUUUCAACUACCUCUACUACUUCUAUUCUCAUUCCUAUUACUAUUCCUACUUCUACUUCUACUCCUAUUUCUACUCUUAUUUCUACUCCUAUUUCUACUCCUAUUUCUACUCCUAUUUCUACUCCUAUUUCUAUUCUUACUUCUUUUCCUCCUAUUCUUACUGCCACUUCUACUCCCACUUCUACUUUUCCUACUUCUUCUCCUAUUUCUACUCCUAUUUCUAUUCCUACUUCUACUUCUGCGUCUACUCUUACUUUUAUUCCUACUUCUAA